CCCCCAUUUCCAGUUUCCAGUUUGAGAGUGAGAAAUCAAGAACAUACUUGUUUUGUUCUCUCUCCUUCCAUUCUUAAAACGAAUUAAUAUUAAAUCCCUGAAAAAUACUCCGCCGUCAGAUCUCCCCAGAGGCACAGACAUCAGCUUCUUAGAGAGGGUUUCUCUUGCUAAAAUGAAUCUCAACAUCUUCAAGAAGAAAACUUCGCCUAAAGAGGCGCUUAGAACCAGCAAAAGGGAAAUGGCUGUUGCCACAAGAGGCGUUGAACGCGAGAUUUCAUCUUUACAAAUGGAGGAGAAGAAAUUAGUAGCAGAGAUCAAGAAAACAGCUAAAACUGGAAACGAGGCUGCCACUAAAAUAUUAGCUCGUCAAUUAGUUCGGCUGAGGCAGCAAAUAACAAACUUGCAGGGAAGUCGUGCCCAGAUCAGAGGCGUGGCAACUCAUACACAGGCUUUGUACGCCACCACUUCAAUUUCAACGGGUAUGAAAGGUGCAACCAAAGCUAUGACUGCUAUGAACAAGCAAAUGGAACCUGCAAAACAAACAAAAAUGAUCAGAGAAUUCCAGAAACAGUCCGCACAGAUGGACAUGACGAUUGAAAUGAUGUCAGAGGCAAUCGAUGAGACCUUAGACAAGGAUGAGGCUGAAGAAGAAACUGAGGAACUCACUAACCAGGUGCUAGAUGAAAUCGGUGUUGACAUUGCAUCACAGUUAUCUUCGGCUCCAAAAGGACGGAUUGCAUCAAAGAAAGUCGAAAAUGCCCCUAGUGCUGCUGCAUCGACUGAUGUGGAUGACCUCGAGAAAAGGCUAGCUUCUCUGCGACGUAUAUGAUGACUCUGAAAACAUCAUAAUACUUGUAUUAUAUAUAGUAGUCCUCUACAAAAAAAACAUUUCAUGUGUACUAUAUAUAUUAUAACUAGUCUAUCAAAUACUUGAACAAACAAACAGGGUUACAAGACAUUUACUCUAUUAUUGCUUAUUAUUGUUUAUUUAUUUAUUCCAAUGGUGUAGAUGUGGAUGUUUGAAUUA